GGCAGUCGGAGCGUCUCUGAGAGGCCCAUUCAUCCGCGCGAGGUUCAAAUGCAAAGGUUGCGUCAAAAUUGGCAUGUCAAACACGAUCGGAGUGUGAACAUCUGCCCAACCUCACAACCACUACCAUCACUGUGUCGCAAUCCGAGCGAGGCCGGUCAAUCCCAAUGUGUCCAGGCAGCCAACUCACUGGCGUUGUCGGCGUUUGACCGAGAGUGCCUGAAGUAUCUGCAGAACUCGACUCUCGUCAUCUUACUUGGCAAGCACUGGCCAUGGUCGACCAUCGCCUAUGCAUACAAAAAGAUCGCCGUGACGGAACCUAUGGUGAUGAGUAUGAUGCUCGCAAGUACUGCCAGGGAGAUUCACCGAUUGCGACUUUACGAUCGUGGAGAGCUCACAGUGCCCUCGGCUGCUUCCCAUGAGGCGAUUGACUUGGAUGGGCGGACGCACUACGGUCGGGCAUUGUCGAGUCUUCGUGAAGCCCUGAGAUCAGAUGUUAGGUCUCCAAGGAAGAUUGAAGCAAUUUUUAUCACUCUGUGGCUUAUGGUUGACUAUGAGAACCGGUUUGGAAGUGGCGAAUCUGCGAUUGACAUUCAUAUUAAAGGAAUCGAGAGUCUUUUGUUCAAUCACGUCGUCCCCGGUCUACAGGAAGAGGCUGGGCGACCACGAGAGUAUGCGAGAUCCCUAUCAUCUGCGCCAUGUAUUGAGCCUGGAAGAGAUUCAGGUAUAUGGAGUCCUUCAACGGCCGGUUCUUCUCCAUUUAUCGGCCGUGACAACGAAGAGGACACCAAUCAAGGCUUGUCCACCAUGAGUUCGGCACCAUGUACCCCCAUCGGACUGGGACAAACAUCGGUCCCUCUUUUCCUGCUGUGGACGCUGUACUUCUUCACGCCUUCGCCAUUUUCCCGUGGACCUCUGACUGGAAAGCUCGACUCUGCCAUCUUCCAAUUCUUCCUCCACAACAACGACCAUCGCAAGGUACCCUUACCUCUCCCAGAACUGUAUCGCAUUAGCCGACAAUCGCCGGCUCGCUUUUGGGGCGAGUCGUAUAGCACCGCCGCCCGGAUCGACGAUCUCGAAAAUCUCGUACCCUUGACACUCUUCCAUAAAAGUCACAUCCUCCAAUUUCGAAUCACAGAACAACACAAGCAAGGCAUACCCACUCACCCUUCGCUGGAUGAAGUCUCUCCAUAUCAACUACUCAUUGACAAGAUCAAUUCUCUCGCCCUGGAGAGCGACACCGUCCUCGCAACAGUCAACACAUCCGACUCAGCCGACCUCCUCACCGGCCGCCGCAUGAUGGAAACCAGCUACUGGGCCGCCAUCACCUUCUACAGCACCAUCAUCUUCUACCACCUCUGUUUCCAGGACAUUGUCACCAAGCACCCGGCCGCGCAGCUCCCUUGUACCGCCACUGCGCUCAUGUCCCUCGCCGAGGCCGUCUCUCGCGUUCUCGACCUGAGUCUCAAACUGCAUCGCUCGAGGCCCCAUCUGGUGGUCCGCAUUGCUUGGCCGUUGUUCUUGGCUGGGGUGGCCACUCCGGAUCAGAUCUAUCAGGAUUGGGUCUCGAUUCGGUUGAGGGAAUUGGGCCGGUUUGGUCAGAAUUAUGCGAGGAUUAGUAUGCGGUUUGAUGGGAUUGUGAAGGGGGGCAAGUCGUGUUUUUCCGAGGUGGAUCUUUAUUUAGGACAUGUGCUCGAAGAGUGA